AUGCCAUUGGGCCUGUUUGGUGGCAAUUCCUCGAAAUCGCACAUUCUCAACGAUGGGUCCCAAUCGGCACGCGAUCGCAAAGACGGCAAAAACUCGUCGGAAAACAGCUUUAAAGGCCAGACGCUGAAAUUGACGAAUUCUCAAGUCACCAUCGAGAAAAAGCUAGCGGAAGGUUGUGGUUUUGCAAUUGUUUACCUAGUGACUGAUAGGAAAAAUCGAAAAUUCGCGUUGAAACGCCAAUUCGUGUUUGAUAAUCAAAAGCAGCUUGAAGCAUGCAUUCGAGAGUGUAAAAUUGUGAAUGAGCUUCGAGGACACAAGAAUAUUGUCGAAUAUGUCGAUCAUAUGGUCUCGAUGAACAAAAAUGGUCAAUAUGAUUGUAUGUUGAUGACGGUUUACCAUAAAAGGAAUGUCCUUCAAUUAAUGAACGAUCGCAUUUCGAAUAACAUGUUCCUCUCGCCGAAUGAGAUUCUCAAUAUUUUCUGCGAUAUGUGUGAAGCUGUGGCACGGCUUCAUCAUUCCCAAACCCCAGUGAUUCAUCGAGAUUUGAAGGUGGAGAAUAUUUUAAUCGAUGAGCGAAAUCGAGCAGCUCCGCCAAUUUUUGUGCUUUGCGAUUUCGGUAGUGCCACAACGAAGGUUUUGUCGAUAAACUCGCAUUCGGCGAGUGUGAUCCAAGAGGAAAUUGAGCGAAAUACGACAUUAUGCUAUCGAGCACCGGAAAUGAUCGAUAUCUAUGGAGGACAGCCGAUUGGCACCAAAUCCGACAUGUGGUCCCUUGGCGUGAUGCUGUAUCGCCUUUCAUAUUUCGCGUUGCCGUUCGACGAAUCGGCGCUCGCCAUUCAAAAUGGCAUUUAUAGUGCGUUUCCAGCGGCGCCCGAGCUUCCAGCGGCGAUACGCGCAAUUAUUUAUUUGCUGCUUGAUGUUGAUGUAAAUAGACGAUUGGCAAUCUACGAGUGUGCUAGCCUUGCAUUUGAAGCCUAUGGCAAAACGAAUCCCAUUGAAAAUGUAUAUAAUGUCCCAAAAAUGACCCUCGAGCAGGCGAUCAUUGAGCUGAAAGAGGGAAAGCCGCGAAAUCAGCGCGAUGCGACGACGACGACGCCACCGCCGGCACAGCAGGCGUCUGAACCGCCGCACGCCGACGCCGAGCUCAUCAAGACGACGGACGCGCCGCCGAUGCGGUUUGUCGAGCCGACGACGACGUCGGUGAAUCCGAGGCUGCGGCCGAAAGCGACGCAGAUUGUGCCGACGGUGCCGAAUCUCAAGAUCGCCUCAAAACCGGAACCGUCGCGGCAUUCGUAUCAGAACGAGACGCAUCUCGAUGCCAACGAAUCGCCGGACGGACCGCUAUCUUGCCCGCUGAUGAAACCGCAAGAUCUCGGAUUCACCGAUCUCAACCAUCCGUGUGAUAUGAGGAAUCGCGCGGCGACGGAUUCGAAAGCGAGUUUUGCCGAUCAGCAGCAGCAACAUCGGCGGAACGUCAGCGACACGUCGCAGAUAGCGAAAAGCGCGUUUAAGCCGUACAGUCAAACAGCGGCCGCCAAGACGUCGGUUCGAAGUGUGGAAGACGUGACGCAGGAAUGGAAUCCGUUUCUGGCGGCGCCGUUCACCGCCGUCGCAUCCGGAAUGGAUGAUCGACAUUUCGGCAAGGUUUUCGAUGAAUUGCCGAGAAAAGACGCGUUGACUGAUGACGACGACGACGACGACGCGGAUUCAAUCGAUUCGCGCGAUCCGUUCGGAGCGGCGCCGUUCGACACAAUUCCGGAAGUGUCGUCGGCGAGGCAGGCGAUGGCGGCGGCGGCGGCAGCAGCAGGUAUAUCGCCGCGACCACCGCCGAGACGCGAAACGCCGAUGCUUCUGCGAUCGGUGUUGACUAGAGAUCGAGCGCCGCCGGUGCCGACGCACGGUAAAGAUGAUGAUUCGGAGGUCGAUGAGCAACGAAUGCGCGCUCGACGACGCUACAGCUAUGAGAACAUCGAUGGUGUCGGCGAUGAUGCGAGCAGCGAUAGUCGCGGACGCACCGAUCGCGAUUCGGAGGAUGACGAGACGGAUAGUUGGCACGGCGGCGACACGUCGCACGAUGAGGACGACGGUGGCGGCUCGUCGCAGAAUACGGUCGGAAGCGAGGACGGCGAAGGCGGCUCGCGGCCGCUUCUUGAAGAUGACGGUUUGGAGGACGACGACGAUCACGAGCUUCUCGCGUCGUUCCAUGAGAAGAUGCCGCGAAUGGUUGAAGCGCCGCUGUUCGUCGGAACCAACACGACGAACCCGUUUUUGAGGGACGAGCUCACGCCGAAAUUGGAAACGCCGCCCAAUGUGCAGGCGUCGAAUGUUUGGAGCACACCCGACGAGAAUCCAUUGGAUCGCUGGUCGGAUCGUCGCGAUACGGUCUUCGAGAAGCCGACGUUCGAGCCGACGCGAUUGGCGGCGUUCGCGCCCGCCACACUACCGCGACAAGUCAAACCGUUGUCGGCGGUGGCGAAGCCAAAACCCGAAAUCCCAUCGACGGCGCCGGUGUCGAUUAUUCCGAGUAUGUCGACGACGUCGUUUCCCGACGCCGUCGCGAAUCACGACGAUGGCACUCGCGGUGAGCCGGCCGUCGGCACUUUGAUUCUUGUUGGAGCGCCGACGACGACGAUGGAAACGAAGCCGAAGUCGAUGUCGCCGGUUGCGUUUGCCGGCAAAACGAUGGGAUUCGUCGAGGGGCCGAAAACGCCGAAGCCGGCGAAAAGCAAGAAGGUCAUCAAAGAGAAGCAUGUGAUUCUAAGCGAUCACACGGAUCCCGAAACCGACGGAUCGGAAGCGGAAAUAUGCGCCGACAAAGCCGGCGUUUUGAGUGGCAAAAAGAAAAAGAAGAGCGCGUUUGGCAUCAGAUCGUCGCACCCUUCAAUUUUGCCGAAUGAUCUUCAAUUCGCGACGCCGAUAGCGCCGAAGAAAUCGACAAAGGAUAAAAAGAGCUCGUCGGCGGUGAAACGAGCCAGCACGGGGGCAUUGAACGCCUCGUUUGUGAACUCGUCGUUCCAAUGCGAGGAUGCCGACUACCCGUCGUCGAACCAUCAUUUUUAG